AUGCCGAAACGUCAAGCCAAGAGCGGUAACACUGUUUUCAGUGAUGAAGCAAGCACGUCAGUUAGCUUAGAUACUACGGUUAAUGGUAACAUUGGCCAUGAAGGAGAACCAAAAAUCGAAAAGCGAGGAGAAACAAGCUCUGACGAUAUCCAUGCUGCAAAUAUGAACCCAGGCGCAGAAAAGGGUGCAAUAGAAGCUGGCGAGAUAGCCCCUACACCAGAACCCAACACCGUCGACUGGUCUGGCCCCAACGACCCUGAAAAUCCACGUAACUGGUCCAAAGCCUACAAGUUGACCAACAUUAUAGUCAUCAGCCUAUCCGUCCUAUACACCAACCUCGCAACCACAAUGUUCGCCCCCGGCGCAGUUACCAUGAAACGUGAAUUCGGCUUCAAGAGCGACACAGUUGAAGUUCUGACUAUCACCAUGGCAUCACUCGGUUUUGCACUCGGCCAGUUAUUCAUACCCCCCAUGUCAGAGGUCUUUGGCCGCAUGCCAAUCUACCGCACGAGCUCAGUAUUUUAUAUGGGUUUUACGGCUGGUUGUGCGAGGAGCACUAAUGUUGCUGAGUUUUUGGUGUUUCGGCUUUUGACAGGCUUGGCUGCUGCGUCGUAUAUGUCUACGGGUGGAGGGACGGUGGCUGAUCUUUUGCCGAAGGAGGAGAGGGGUGUUGCGAUGGCUAUUUUUACGGCUGGACCGCUUUUUGGCCCUGUCCUUGGUCCUAUCGUAGGAGGAUUCGUUGUUGAGAAUCUUGGAUGGAGAUGGUGUUUCUAUCUCAUUUUGAUACUUGCUGGCGUGGUCACAACCAUCACCUUCUUGUUCAUGCAUGAAACAAGCUCUAUCAACAUCCUCAAAUCCAAAGCUGCUCGACUUCGUAAAGAGACCGGCAAUCCAAACCUCCGCGCCGCUGGUGAUAAGCAGACUCCCGUCAAGCAGCUCGUGCUGCACGCCCUAACUCGACCGAUGAAAUUCCUCUUCACAUCGCCAAUUGUCGCUCUUAUUUCAUUAUAUAUCGCCUUCAACUUUGGUGUAACCAUGCUUCUCUUCGCCACAUUUCCCACCGUCUACGAAAACACUUAUCACUGGAGCAUCAGUAUUUCCGGCCUGGCGUACAUUGGCGUUGGAGUUGGUUGCGCCAUAGGUGUCAUCACUUUUGCCAAGCUGAGUGAUCGUCUGCUGAAUGCUAAAGAGGGAAACUACCGCGCUGAACGACGGCUUAUCAUGAUGAUGUUUGUAUCCCCAAUGUUUCCGAUCGGGUUAUUUAUCUACGGUUGGACCACUGAGUACAAAGUGCAUUGGGUCGUGCCUAUCAUUGGCACUGCUAUCUGUGGACCUGGAGCAGUUAUCAUCAAUUCAUCGUCGCAGACGUAUAUAAUCGAUAUCUUUGGGCCUCAAGCAGCAGCAUCAGCACUCGCGGCUAUUACACUGCUUCGCAAUCUGACAGGAGCUUUUCUGCCCCUUGCCGCACCGGCACUGUAUGCAAACCUGGGUCUGGGCUGGGGGAAUAGUGUGUUGGCCUUUAUCACGGUUGGUUUUAUACCUGUCCCCAUUUGCUUUUAUUUGUACGGUGCAUCCCUUCGGAAAAGGUUCCCUGUCACGAUCUGA